UGCUCGAUGAUGAAGUGACCACGGCGGUAGUUUGUUGUUUUCUUGAGUAGUUCUUAGGCCUACUUAUUACUGUUACAGUAUUAUGCAACAUGGAGCGACGAGUAACUAAUAAAGGUGUUGUCAGUCCGUUCAGAAGGCCGUCUAUGCUCACAACUGGCGCUGCCUCGACUGCACAAUCAGGUCCACCGAAAACUGGGACUUUGGCGCUAAAGGGAAUCGUGGCAGGUGGCAUCACAGGCGGCAUCGAGAUAUGCAUCACGUUUCCGACGGAGUUUGUGAAGACGCAGCUGCAGCUGGCGGAGAAGUCGGCGAAGCCACGCUACACGGGCAUCGUCGACUGCGUGCGCAAGACCGUGCAGCAGAAGGGCGUGUUGGGACUGUACAGGGGGCUCAGCGUGCUCGUCUACGGAUCCAUACCCAAGUCAGCCGUCCGGUUCGGAAGUUUCGAGAAGUUUAAGUCGCUCGCCGUCGAUGAGCACGGCAAUCUGUCACCGUCCAGGAGACUUCUCUGUGGCCUGGGAGCAGGCGUGUCAGAAGCCAUUCUAGCUGUUACACCAAUGGAAACCAUCAAAGUAAAGUUUUAUACACGAUCAAAUACAGUCCUCAUCCUAAAUACACAAAGGUUUCGUUCAUGUGUGCGAGAGAUAAGUCAGAACACAAGGAGGAACAGUAAAGGGCUGAGAGGGUCCUAUGUCGCCCCGGGUACCCUGUGGGACAUCGACGCGUAUGACAGCACAGCUAAGGUCGCAUGCAUCAUGAUCAACAUAAUGAUCAUCCGCGGCACAUACCAGGGCCUCACGCCGAUGAUGAAGAAGGGCUCUAACCAGGCGAUGCGCUUCUACGUGAUGGAGACCUGCAAGGACUGGUACCGGCGGCGGCGACGCCACCAGCCCGUCCCAAGCUCGCGUCGGCGGCGUUCGGCGCGCUCGAGCUGGCGCCGUGUCCGUGUGUUCGGCAACACGUCGUACGCCGGACUCACCGUGAAAGACGAGGAUGGCAGCCGAACCUCGCAAAGCACUGCCAAUGUCGGGCAGGAAACUUGCUCUGAUAUCAAAUUAACACUGAUUACACGGCCCAAGGGUCUCGAAGCUCACAAGUACAAGAACACGUGGGACUGCAUAGUUAAAAUAGCUCAACACGAGGGCCCAGCAGCGUUCUACAAGGGAACUCUCCCACGGCUCAGCAGGGUCUGUCUGGACGUUGCCAUCACCUUCAUGAUAUACGACUCCUUUAUGGAACUCUUCAAUAAGAUCUGGCCGUCGUAGUGGCGCGUGUGAGCGUCGUCUCAACUGCAGUGACGUGGUAACAUCCGCAUUGUGUCGAUGUGUGCGUUAUUAACCGUUUGGAAAAAUUCUAAUGUUGCGUUUGAAAUUAACUUUAAAAGGAUUUGGACGUUGCCUCGUAAUGAAAUCGAAUGAUGGAGUGCUGUGAGGUGCCUGCAUGGAGAAGAGAGCUUUGUUUUAAAGCAGCCAUCAUAGUCGUGAGCAUCGUGUCUCUGUCUUGCUCUUGUCAAAGCAGCUAAAUCCUGAGAUUAUGAUCCAUUGCAGGCAGUUGUCUGUUCUCUCAUACUCUUCGCUGCUUUGGAUCGUGGGAGAUAUUAGCGUCCAGAGAAUUAUAACUGUUCGUAUUACACUGCCAUUCCAAGUAAUUUGAGCUGCGGGUAAAAAAAUGAUAUAUUUAUUUUUGUUGAUAUUUGCGAUAUUUUUAUUGACACGUGUCGAGUCCCAAUACUAGUGCCAUUUUGUGUUUAUUGUUUUCCCUCCAGAAAGCUGCUGUUAUUGGAGAGUAGAGUCGCGUAAUCAUGGUUCACGUGAUUGCAUACAUCUGCAAUUCUGGGUGUAUUCCUAGGAAAGAAUGGAUAUCCGAUGCACAAACACAUGAACACUUUUAUGUAAAAGUCAUAUCUGAAGUGAAUGUCUAUCUCCGUUAGUCUAAACGGUGUGUCAAAUACGAGUGAUUAAUAAUAUGAUGGAUUGUGCUUUGAGAUUCAACCAGGACGUGCAAUCAAAUUAGCUGCAGAUCGCAGCUUUCAAUAGGAAAUAUUACGAGAAGUACAAACAUCCAACAAAAGAAUUGAUAUCUGCCUUAAUUUCACUUCUGGGUCUAGGUGAAUUAAGCUACUCCAAUGUUUUACCGUGAUUCAUACAUGUAUUCGAAUUGGCGGUGGUGUUUGACGAAGUGCUGAGUGAGCACUCGGUGUAUGUGCAUAUCUACUGGCGCCAUCUAUUGUCUGAUAAAAUAGUAUCUAAAAUAGCCCUGGGCUGGUAUCAUCAGGCUGUGUAACCAGAUCGUUAAUUCUCUUCCUGUAUGUAUACUCGUUAAUGAUAAUUUAUGCGAUACUUGUGAAACAAAAUUAUAGCAAUGCUUCAUUAGUCACCGGAUGGCUAGCCUGAUAGGGUUCCGUAGAUCUAUGUUCCCUGCAGCAUCGCUCUGACAAACACAAUCGAAGCAAGCGAGUCAGCAGUCACGGGAACUGUCACGUGAAAUUGGUCUUGCCGUGAUCACAAUCCUAUAUCAUAGAGGCUUGCGUAUUAGCUCCUCUCAUUGUCGCUGCACUGCCAAUAGUAGCGGAAAUGCAUCUAUGGAUCUGAAUUACAAAGCCGAGUAAUUAAUAAUUUGCUUUAGUUAUUCAGAGAGAUAAUUUGGAUGGGUAAGCUUGCUGAGCUGCCUCUAUGCAUCAGCAGCAGUCUAGUUGGAAGUGCCCUAAGAUAACUACAUGGAAGGUUAAGUCUUGCAGGCGUGUGACCAGGCGUUGAGAGCGCGUAGUGUUGACUCACGCAGCCGAUGAGCCUUUAACCGUGGUUUUCGUGUUUUGCGUUUCAUGUUCACGCACAGUUUUGUCUGAUUGUGUUUCUGUCGGCGGGGUGUCGGUCGGGUCUUUCGUGUUGUUUAACCCAAACUAGUGCCUCAGACUACUUGUAAACGGUAGAAUUGUUCGUAGCUCACAUGUGCUAAGCACGUUUUAGUGCUGCUGAGCUCUGCACAGAUUAGCAAUAAAUACAUACAGUGUGAUAUAUUGGGGAGGGGCAGUAAAUCGUGUCAGUUCAGAUGCAUGCUGUAAUAGUUGGGAUACGGGGUAUAGUUUUGGUAGCCAACUUACAUUGUAUAACGUGUUUAGGGGCGUCGUCGUGUCAACCAACCAUCGUGAUGUAGUAACUGUUGGCCGUAAAUAUAUAGUAGUUGCAAUGUUAACGUGGAGGAAUAUUGUUGAAAUUCAGUGGCAUGCGAUAUGAUCAUUAUUCUAAAGAAUUACAAUAAUGGUGUAACUGUCUAGCCCUGGACGAUAUUAGUAAUUUAGCUGUACUCGUUUGUAUUCCAUCAGAGUCGGUGAGAUCUACCAUAUUAUAUAUCUAUUAUUUAUUAUUCCACUGGCAUCGAUUAAUGUGCGACUCUGCCACAAGGUGGCGCCAGGCGACGUUCAUGACGCUUGUUGAAUUUAUAACUCUGUACUUUCAUUACAUUCCUCUUGAUGGAAUGUGUACUACGAAUCCUGCGCUGUCUAAUAUUUUAGCUUAGCAGAAAUUCGCCCAUUCAUUCAUCAUUCUAUGUGAUUCGGGGUGUAAUUCCUUGUCAUGUUUACCCACGCAGUUUCACUUCGAAGCGUGACAAGUGUCACGCGUUCUCUGCCACUGCUCGUCAAAUGCAACAGUUCAAAUCUAUGGAUGUAGAAUGUGAGUAAAAUCGGUAAAAGGUUGAGUGCUGACGGCUUGUGAGAGAGAAAGAGAGAGUGGGAUAGACCACGAUAUCAAAAAGGGGGAAAGGCGAGAGAGAGAAAGAGAGAGAGAGAACUUGCGAAAAAGAGAGGGCGAGGAAGUGAGAGAAAAGGCGCGAGAGAGAGAGAGAGCGAGAAUGAGAAUGAGAGAGGCGAGAGUGAGACUUUCUCCACAUUUACCAGACUCGCCCCACGGUAUCAUUUGCAUUCCAUUCGUCUGCCAUUCUCAUCGUCAUUGAAUAUUUUUCCCGCUCCUCUCAGCACGUUUACCUGAUUCGUGACAACAGUCGACUAUUUCAGUUUCCCCUUUUAUGUAACAUCGCACGUGUGGGAAGCAGUAAUGUGCGCGUGUAUAGCGCGCAUAGUACAUAGGUACCCGCAUGCGCGCCCUCGGUGUAAAGUGUGUCACACCAGAUGCGUGGGUCUUAUGCAUCGUCUGCGACCGCGUGUGCUGUGCUGGGCUGUGCCUGUAGCCAUCAAUGAGGCAGGUAAUUAGUCAACAUUAUCAAUACGACACGGUGUCGUAUGUUAUACAUGCGAGCUAGGUUGCUCUCAAACACUCAGCGCUCGCAUUACAUGUCGUGCUAUUUCCUGUACUACCUGUAGAAGUAUGGAGCACGAUUCUACGCGCAUUGUGAGAUUGUAAAAUGUCUCUCGAUGUAGAUUAUCAGAGUGUAAUGCUGUGCCAUUUGUAGAAACGUGAUAACGGAUACUGUAUACGCUGAAUAUUUCGUGGUGGUUUAAUGUUCGCGAAUUUCGCGAAAGCGUCCCCGACCGCGAAAAUAACAACACGCGAAUAAU